CAAAGCUUUUUUUCUCUUCCCUUUCCCACGACUCCCCGUUUGGCUCUCUGGCGUCAAUUGCGCUUCGCACAAACGUCCGCCGCCAUGUCCGAGACCACCACCCCUCGCUCCCCAAGCGCCAUUUCCCGGCCUGUUAGCGAAGCGCUUCUCAACGAGAAGUGGGAUCGCUGCCUCUCCAACCUCCUCGUCAAGUCCACCCUCGGCCUCGGAUUCGGCGUCGUCUUCUCCGUCCUUCUCUUUAAGCGAAGAGCCUGGCCCGCCUACCUGGGCGCCGGCUUUGGUGCUGGACGAGCCUACGAAGAGUGCAACUUCAACCUGAAGCAGGCGGCCCGAGACCUGAAGAAGCCUUCAGCAUAAGCAUGAAAUAAACCCGGGAAAAAAGGUGGAAAGCCGCGGCUGAGAAGGGAUAGGACGAAGAAAAAGACAAUGGCGGAAUGGGAGU